AAAAUUAAAAAGGGUUAAUUAUAGGAAAGUUGACGAUCCCUGAAGCACAAACACCGUUGUGUUCUUCCUCCUCCUUCUCCGCCGCUCCCCCAUGAGAGAAAUGAAAUUAGUCUCAGACAAGAACCUUCCACCACAUCCAUCUUAGCACCAUUCACGCUCUCCUCUCUCUCCUUAUGUGAGCUCGCUGUGUGUGUGUGUGUUUGAUUUUCUCUUUCCUAACUCUCUCUCUCUCUCCUUUAAUGGCAAUGCCGGAGAAGAACGGUUCCACGAUCGGGUACGUAGCCCGAAACUUCCUCCUCUGCCUAUUCAUCUUCACAACGGUCCUCUUCGCUCUCUCUUGCUACUUCGUGCUGCGUUCCACUGCUCACAACCGCUUCCUCAGCUCCACAUUCCAAUCCAAAUCAUUCCCACACGAUCCCACCUCCAAAGGUCUAAAGAAAGAUGACUGUAGAUGCAACGACAAGAAGAAAACAACAACAGGUCCUCUCAAGGUUUACAUGUACGACAUGGAUCCGGAGUUCCACUUCGGUCUGUUAAAUUGGAAACCUGACAAGAAGAGUAGUAGUGUAUGGCCUGAUGUUCAGAAAUACAUACCUCCUUACCCUGGUGGGUUGAAUCUGCAGCACAGCAUUGAGUACUGGCUCACCUUGGAUCUUCUCGCCUCUGAGUACCCAAACGCUCCUCCUAGACCCAUUGCCGCCAAAAGAGUUCACAACUCCACCGAAGCCGAUGUUAUCUUCGUCCCCUUUUUCUCCUCUCUGAGCUACAACCGCUUCUCCAAGGUGAAUCCUCACCAGAAAACCAGCAGGAACAAGGAUCUGCAAGGUAAGCUCGUCGCCUUCUUGACCGGGCGAGAGGAGUGGAAGAGAUCCGGUGGGAGAGACCAUGUGGUUCUUGCUCAUCACCCCAAUAGCAUGCUGGACGCUAGAAACAAGCUCUUCCCUGCGAUGUUUAUACUCUCUGACUUCGGAAGGUAUCCUCCUACCGUCGCAAACGUUGAGAAAGAUGUCGUCGCGCCUUAUAAGCAUGUCAUUAAAACAUACGAAAACGAUACCUCUGGUUUCGAUAGCAGACCCAUCCUGCUUUACUUUCAGGGUGCCAUCUACAGGAAAGAUGGUGGGUUUGUGCGUCAGGAGUUAUUCUACCUGUUGCAAGACGAGAAAGACGUGCAUUUCUCGUUCGGGAGCGUGAGAAACGGAGGCGUAAACAAAGCAAGCCAAGGAAUGCACAGCUCCAAGUUCUGCCUCAACAUCGCCGGUGACACUCCUUCGUCUAACCGCUUAUUCGACGCCAUCGCGAGCCACUGCGUGCCUGUCAUCAUCAGCGACGACAUCGAGCUUCCUUUCGAGGACGUUAUCGAUUACUCUGAGUUCUCGGUGUUUGUUCGCACCUCCGACGCCUUGAGAGAGAACUUUCUGGUUAACUUGAUCAGGGGAAUCACCAAGGAGGAGUGGACGAGGAUGUGGAAUAGGUUGAAGGAAGUGGAGAAGUUCUAUGAGUUCCAUUUUCCGUCGAGGGUGGAUGAUGCGGUCCAGAUGAUAUGGCAAGCGAUUGCACGCAAAGUUCCUGGUGUUAAAAUGAGGAUUCACAAGUCGAGAAGGUACUCUGGGUCUGUUUCUGAGACAGGGAAAGAGUCAAGAUGGUUGUCAUUGAUACCUCGGAGUUUCUGGUGAAUAAAGAUGAUGAGAUCCUUUUUUGUUCUUCAUUUUCUCGGAAGGCCUUGGCACUGACUUCAAAUUAUUUCUGAACUUUUUUCACCAAAUCAUAUUAGGUUAUAUAGACAGAGAGAUAAGUCUCCAAAGAAAGAUAAUAAUGUUGUAAGUUGAUUUGUUAAUUUUGAUCUCUUUUUCUUUUUU